AUGGCUUCCAAAGACCCCCUAGAAGUCGAAGCCAAAGACGUCCCCGGCUCGACAUCCUCGCGCAGCACCAGCCCCCCCGCCCCGUCCCCGCGCCCAUGGGAGAAGCCUGGCGUGGUAGGCGCCCUGCGCCGCGGCCACCGCGCAGUACAGCGAUAUGUCUGGGACGACCCCGACAAGCCCAAGGACGAGAAAUGGUUCCUGUUCAAGCUGGACUGCUUCCUGCUCACGUCUGCGUGUCUCGGGUACUUCAGCAAGAACCUCGACCAGUCGAACAUCGGCAACGCAUAUGUGUCUGGGAUGAAGGAGACGCUGGGUAUGCACGGGAGCGAGCUGACGUACGCGAGCAAUGUUUUUACGGCGGGCUAUGUGGUGGGCCAGCUGCCGGCGGUCAUGUUGGCGACGCGGGUGCGGCCGUCGAUUCUGCUGCCCACGAUGGAGAUCUUGUGGUCGGUGCUAACGUUCUGCACGUCAUCGGUUACGAGCGUGUCGCAGCUGUAUGCUAUCCGGUUCUUGAUAGGGCUCUGUGAGAGCGGGUACUUCCCGGUCAUGAUGUAUCUUGUGUCCAGCUGGUAUACAAAAGGAGAGCGAGGCAAGCGUGUCGGAUUGUUUUACUGCACCGCAGCGCUGGCUGGCAUGUUCAGCGGUUACCUACAGGCUGGCGCAUACUCCGGCCUUGAUGGCAAGUACGGCAAGCAGGGCUGGCAGUGGCUGUUCAUCGUAUGCGGUAUCAUCUCGCUGCCAAUCGCGUUCCUAGGCUAUUUCUUCAUCCCCGAUUUCCCCGAAACGACGAAAGCCUUCUACAUCACCGAAGAAGAGGCCGAAAAGCAACGGAAGCGGCUCAUCGCGGAGGGCCAGAAGCCGCUGGGUCACAAUCCCUGGAACCGCAAGAAGAUCCUCGGCAUCGCGAAACAGUGGCAGUUCUGGGUACUCCCGCUCGGCUACUUCUUUGUCCAGGCCAGCUUUCCGAUCCACCAGCCAGCAUUCGCACUAUGGCUGAAGGCCAACGGUCAUACGGUAUACCAGAGGAAUGUCUGGCCUACAGGCCAGGUCGCGAUCGGUGUAGUCGUGCAGCUUGCUGCUGGCAUGAUUUCGGACUCGCCAUUGCUGAAAGGACGUCGGUGGCCGGUCAUCAUUGUCAUGCAAGCAGGGUCCUUGAUCGGAACGAGCAUUCUAGCCGCCUGGAGCGUUUCAGACCGGGUCAAGUACUUCGCGUUCUACAUCUCGUACUUCUGCUCGGGCGUGCCAGGGCCGUACUUCGCGUGGUACUCGGAUCUCGUGUCUCAUGACCAUGAGUUCCGAGGGUUCAUAAUCGCGUUGUCGAAUAUGUUCAGUUACAUCAACGUGAUCUGGUACACAAUAGCGGUUUGGAGAACUGUAGAUGCGCCAAGAUUCCACGCUGGUUUCACGGCAGCUUCGAUAUUCGGCUCUGCGAUGAUAGCGUUGGCAGUCAUCCUCCAGUUUUUGCAGAGAAGAGACGAACGGAAAAGAGCAGCAGAUGCUGGCACAUCGGAGGACGUCGAGACACCCGUGGAGGCAGCACCAAGAGCAACUUUGAUAUUACGUCAAUGCCAGAGUCCGUGA